GAAUGAGAGUUAAUUGAGAGUGAGUUGUGGGGCGGUCGCCUCUCUCAGCUGAGAUAUUUACUGCACUCUCUUGCACUCCAGAUGGGGCCUCGGGCACACUCUGCUUGGUCUAGAGUAACUCUCGACUGUCCUCUCGACGCUCUCACACUCUAAACAUGGCAGCCAGGGAGAAGAAGGUUGACGAAACAAGUUAUGAGAGCCUGGCUGAGGUAUUCCGCUGUUUCAUCUGCAUGGAGAAACUUCAGGAUGCUCAUCUGUGCCCACACUGCUCAAAGUUGUGCUGCUACCUUUGUAUUCGCCGUUGGUUGACAGAACAACGGCCUCAGUGUCCUCAUUGCCGAGCCAACCUUCACCUUCAUGAGCUUGUCAAUUGCCGCUGGGUGGAGGAGGUCACACAGCAGCUGGAUACCCUGCAGCAGGCAGGAGUAAGACCUUCACCACCAGACACUGACAAAGACAAGUGUGAACGCCACCAAGAAAAAUUGAGCGUAUACUGUUGGACGUGUGGGAAAUGUAUAUGUCAUCAGUGUGCCCUCUGGGGUGGAACACACUCGGGCCAUACUUUUAAGCCUCUAGAGGAAGUCUAUGAACAACAUAUAACACAAAUCAGAGAGGAAGUAGCUCAGUUAAGGAGAAGAUUGCAUGAAUUGGUAUCUCUUGUACAGGAAGUGGAAAGAAAUGUGGAAUCUGUCAGAGCGGCUAAGGAUGAAAGGGUACGAGAAAUUCGCAAUGCCGUGGAACUGAUGAUCGCUCGGCUUGACUCUCAGCUCAAGUCAAAGUUGCUCACAUUAAUGGGUCAAAAAAAUUCUUUAACGCAAGAAACAGAGCAGCUAGAAUCUUUGUUGCAGGAGAUUGAACACCAGUUACACACUUGCUCAAAAUCUGAACUGAUCCAGCACUCUCCUAACCUCCACUCUAUGAUUGCACCUGUGAAUAAAAAGCCCAUGGCUUCCUUUGUCACAGCUCCUGUACCUGCUGAUUUUCAAAGUGAAAUAGUCCCUCAGUAUGACAGUAGUACCUUUGUCAUGAACAACUUCUCUCAGUUACAACACAAGGCUGAUCCGGUUUACUCUCCGCCACUUCAUGUCAAUGGCCUCUCUUGGAGGCUAAAAGUUUACCCAGAUGGCAAUGGUGUAGUCCGAGGGAAUUACCUGUCUGUCUUCCUAGAGCUUAGUGCUGGUCUGCCAGAAACUUCAAAAUAUGAGUAUAGAGUGGAAAUGAUUCAUCAAGGUUCACGAGAUGCAAGUAAAAAUAUUGUCCGAGAAUUUGCAUCAGACUUUGAAGUAGGCGAGUGCUGGGGCUACAAUAGAUUCUUUCGUCUAGAUCUCCUUGCAAAUGAAGGAUAUCUGAAUACAGAAACUGACACACUUAUACUCAGGUUUCAGGUGAGGCCUCCCACGUUCUUCCAGAAGUGUCGUGAUCAGUUGUGGUAUAUUCAUCAGCUGCAAACACUUCAGGCUCAGUAUAUUCAACAGAUAAAUAAUCUUAAGGAGAGAAUUGCAAUUGAGCUUUCGCGGAAUUCAGUAACAAGCAACAAGAAUGUGAACAGUUCUACUGGAUUUUCACGUGUAGAAAGACCUCAGUCGGCCUCUCCCAAACCGAAUCCUAUAAGUUCACAUCCGCACCACCCACAUCCUCUCCCACAAACCAAACCACAAAGAAAUCACCAUGUCAACAAAAGUGUUGACCCAGUGGAGUUAGAAGCAGAGAGACAGUCUACAAGUUCUUCUGAUACUGAGGAUUUAAGUGAAGGCGAGCUAAAUGAGCAAGAAGAAGGGCCAGAUCACAGUGUUGCUACAGCUGAAUAUGCCAGUAAUGAUGAAAAUGAUGUUGAUGAUGAAACAAUGAGCGGAGACAAUGACGUGGAACACUCUGCUGCCUCAUCACUUUUAGCAAGCCUCCAUGAGGCUACUGCAAUGCAUGAGGGACCAAUACUAAAUCAUAGUCGGUCACACAGUUCCAGUUUCCUCUCAGAUCUUGACUCUCUGACAGAGCAGUUAGGUGCAGUAGGAAGCAUUCAACCAGACCUAAGCUCUCCCCAGGGUGAUGAAAUGAUGCUGCUGCACUUACUAGAGAUGCAGGGACGAGGCGGCCCAGAUCAUCGAAGACCUUGGAGCAAACCCGGCUUAGGAGGCAUAAGUUCAAGACACAAGUCAAACCGUAUGGUUCGUAAGCCACUCCUGCCUAUUGCUUCAAGUGUCCUAGACACCCUGCAGUUGGAUAUGGCAACACUGCUGCAGUCCAACCUUACCACACACAAUGGCAUAACAUCACUUCAGGCGCACACUGGCAUACCGGACCAUGAUCGUCCUCUCGUCCAUUUGCAACAUCCACAUUCUUUAAAUAAUUCCAGUCCGUCUCUGAAGAGUGGGUACAGGCCUCCAUUGGCCCCACGUCCUUCCCUAUACACACAACAUUUAUCAGAAGAAGCUAAGAAGGAAGCCCAGUCUACAACUAGUGUUGCAGAUAAGGAUUUAAGCGAGUCAUCAAUGUGCGACCUCUCCUUGGAUCCUGUGUCACUUUCUGACAUGACCUUAGAAGAAGGACCUUUGUCUGGGGCUGAAGAACCUGAAUCUCUAGGAGCGUCUGCUACAGCAACAAGUGGAACAUCAUGUGCAGCUGGUGGAACAUUAUCUGGAGGAGGGCACGCUGCCGGGGAAGGGGAGAGUGGCAUCAACAGCGACAACACCAGCGGAUAUGUCAGCGACGGCGGAACAGAGGUACCUUGCAUCCCCGCCCUCAACACUGCAAGGCUCAUCGCACGCAUGAACAAAAUGGCAGAAACCAAAGGAAGUGAGAAGGGCAGUUGGGCAGCAGCUGCCGCAGGUCUCCCGUUUACCCUUGGCUUUAAAGUGCCCGCAGAGAAGCAUACCCAAGAUAAAACUCAGGACAAGAACAGGGAGAAAGAUGAUAAAAGACCCACUAAAGAUGAUAAGUGAAAAGAAACAUCAUGAUGUUGGUCUUAAAACAGCAGGAGAUGCAGAGGGCUUCAGAUCAAAAUAGUUUAAUAUAAAUUUUGUAGACAAAAUGCAGUAUUAAUUGAUAACAAUUUCCAUAAAGAAUAAACAAAAUGAAGAGCAAAAACAGCUGAAAAGAUUUACUUAAAUGCAAAUAUUGCCAGGAUUAUUGUUGAUGCCACAAGAUCAAGACUGAUAGUUUAAGAAAUAUUUGAAUUAAAAUAAAUGUUAUACUUUUAGGCUAAGUGUACAUUAAGAACAAAGUUUAGAGAAUAAGCAAAUUCAUUUUAGACUCAUUCCUUUAGAUUGGUUGUAUAAUUUUUCACAAAUAUGAAGUUCAAUUAUUGUUUAAAAGAGCCAGUAUUUUGGACUAAAGUUGCCAGAGUGCAAGUCUCAGGAAGUUUGUUUGGCAGUAAACAAUUACAAUUACAAAAAAUACACGAUUUUUGUAGAUGUACUAUGUCAUGUAAAUUGAAUAAUUAAAAAAUGAGAAGCAAAUCCAUAUAAAGAUAGGCCUACAGAAAGAUGUUUAAUUUACAUAAAUAUUCAUGUCUUGUAAGGAAGCUAGAUGCAAACUAAACUAGCAUUAUACUGUAAAUUUUAUUCUUAAGUUUUCAAACCAUGUGGCAUAAUAAUUUUGCCACAUGGUAAAAUAAAUGCUACUGCAUGUUUAAUAUAGUUUUAGACUGAAUAAAAUAUUGUUUCAAGGUAA